AUGGAGAAGUAUGAGAUGGUGAAGGAUUUGGGAUUUGGUAAUUUCGGAUUGGCUCGGCUUAUGCGUAACAAACAAACAAACGAACUUGUUGCCGUCAAGUUCAUCGAUAGAGGAUACAAGAUAGAUGAAAACGUUGCAAGAGAAAUCAUCAACCAUAGAUCUCUUAACCAUCCCAAUAUUAUUCGGUUUAAAGAGGUUGUCUUAACUCCGACACAUCUUGGAAUUGUAAUGGAGUAUGCAGCUGGAGGAGAAUUGUUUGAAAGGAUAUUAAAUGCUGGUCGAUUCAGUGAAGCUGAGGCUAGAUAUUUCUUUCAACAACUCAUUUGCGGAGUCCAUUACUUACACGCAAUGCAAAUAUGCCACCGAGAUCUUAAAUUAGAAAAUACAUUGCUUGAUGGAAGUCCUGCACCACGUCUUAAAAUUUGUGAUUUUGGCUACUCAAAGUCUUCUAUUCUCCAUUCCAACCCAAAAUCAACGGUAGGAACUCCGGCAUAUAUAGCGCCGGAAGUUUUUUGUCGUUCGGAAUACGACGGAAAGUCAGUUGACGUGUGGUCUUGUGGAGUAGCACUCUAUGUUAUGUUGGUUGGAGCUUACCCUUUUGAAGACCCUAAAGAUCCCAAAAAUUUCCGGAAAACCGUUCAGAAAAUAAUGGGUGUAAAGUACAAGAUUCCAGGAUAUGUUCACAUAUCUGAAGAUUGCAAAAAGUUACUCUCUCGCAUAUUUGUUGCUAAUCCAUUACAGAGAAGUACGCUAAAAGAGAUUAGGAGUCAUCCAUGGUUCCUAAAGAAUUUGCCAAGAGAACUAAAGGAGUCAGCACAAGCAAUCUACUACCAAAGGAAUGUUAAUCUUACUAACUUUUCUCCUCAAAGAGUAGAGGAGAUUAUGAAGAUAGUUGGUGAGGCAAGAACCAUUCCAAACCUUUCUCGCCCCCUCAAAUCAGUUGGACCGAGUGAAACAAAUGAUGAAGAAGAAGAAUAUUUGGAUGCCAACGAUGAAGAAUGUGAUGAUGAAUAUGUGUAG